AUGUCAGCACGAUUCCUCGCUUCGCACCCAGAUGUCACUUUGGCAGCCGCCCAGCGCAUCGCCGCAUUGGCUCCAUACCUGACCCCUUCGGUGACGAUCAACCUCGGCUUGGGAGGGUACCAUCUGAUGAUGGGUCUCUUACUUGGGGUCGUCAAGUACCAGCAGAUCCAUGCCUCCAAGACCUAUACCGCGCACCCUUACAUCUCUACUGCCCACCGCGCAUCGCUGAUGUAUGGUUUCGCAUCCGCCCAAUUAGCAGGAAUCGCCCUCCUCUCCUCUUACUCGGAACGCACAAACGUCUGGGCCACCAUCGCCACUCAAUCUUUCUUUGUCCAAGCCGUCCUCAUGUACGCCGCACACGGGCUCCUGAGGGAUACGACGAACCAACUUAAGCCCCCACAUAGGGUUGGGGAGAAGCAUGCGAUCCCACCGUGGAUGGUGAAGGGGUUCAUGUGGUCGUUGAUUGCGGCAGAGGUUGGGGGGUGUGGGGUUUUGAUUGCUGGGAUGGUCAAGACUUUUUUGAAUGUGUUGCCCAGGGCUUAA